AUGCGCCACUGCGCCGGAAUGUUUCGGCCAAAUUUACAAAACGUCGAAAGUACAUUUAGCGACGCACGCCAAAUCGGACAGAAAAUCCCGGAAAUGCCCUGGAAAACCGAGGGAUUUCCGUCAUGUAUUGAGUACUGGCGGAUAUGUCCGCCUGGAGACAGCGUGUUUCCUAUAGUGCCUGUAAUAUCCAAAAUCUGCUCCAGGGAUCGUCCAGGACGAUCGGCAUCGCGGGACAUCAGUGGAGAAAUGCCCAGAAUUUUGCUAAUUUGCUCCAGGUGUUUUUCCUGUAGGCACGUCCGGCCGAUUGAGGCACGGCCCAGGCCGAUGUGCACUGUCAAAAUAUCGGCCGGAGAUGUCCCUGAACGUGCCAGGACGACAAAAUUUGGUCUGGAUCGUUCUGGACGAUCUGGCGAUCGCCGCCGAUCUGAGUUUAUAGAAGCUGAAAUCCAGUCAAAAUGUUCUGAAAAUGUUAUUUCUACUUCUGUACGAAAUUUGGGAACUUUACUUCCGUUGGUUGUGCCACCUAUUAUUUCACAAAUGGUACUCUGGACUAUUUGGCUGGUUGUUCUUUGUUCCUUCAAGAUAUUUCAGUCACUUGCCAAUGACCGGCUUGAACGGUUAUUCACAUCCCCUAGUGUAAAACCAAGCAAAUACUUGCGCAUAUUUUCUGCUUUACUGCUGGUGCUAGUGGCGGACCUGUUUUGGCAAAGGUUGUGCAUGCUAGCAUAUACAUAUUUUGGAUCUAGCUUGUUUCUGCUGUCAUUCUUCGAGCCUCUCAAUAUAGCUUUUGAAACCCUGCUGGCCCUCACAGUGCAUGGAUUCCAUUUGAUUGAGAUAUGGCAGAGGCAUUCAAUUGACAAUGAAGCCUAUUGCUUGGCAUCGCUUGAUUUCUAUAAAUCAAUAGAAGGUGCGAAAUUUUUUUAUUUUCAACUUUAUAUUACUUAUGGUGACGUGAUUGAUCUAUUAGAAUUCGUCCUAUGCUCAAAACAAUGUCUCCGUCCGAGAUCCUGUCGCAAGCAGGAGCGGAGCCGCCGUGAACUGCUUCAGCAAUUGACCUGCAGCCUGCUGGUUGGCGUUUCACAUUCGGAAGAGAAAGCAAAGGCGGCUCUUCGCCUUCAAUCCGGAAGGAGAGAGGAAGAGGAGUCGGAUGUGGGAAGAUGCUUGGUUGGCUUGGAGGCGGAAGAUGAAGAGCUUCAGUCGACAGGAGAUAAGGAAGAGGUUGCGGCAGCUGCUGGAUCUCUAGAAGAGUGGAAGGGGCUUCUUAAUCGUAAUUGUGGUUUUCUCCUAGACUUCGUAGCUUUAUUGAUGUCAGUUGGGCAUUACUUGAUGAUAUGGUGGCUGCAAGGCAUGGCAUUUGACCUCGCAAAUGCUGUUCUUUUCCUGUAUUUGUAUCAUAGUCUGAUUGCAAUGGUGAAGCGAGUGAGAGGUUUUAUCAAGUUAAAUAAUGCUUCAAUUUCCCUUGGUGAAGAACUUCCUGAUGCUACAAAUAAAGAGCUAUCUGCAUAUGAUGACCAAUGCGCAAUUUGUAGAGGACAAAUGACCAAAGCUAAAAAGCUACCUUGCAAUCACUUAUUUCACCUUGCUUGCUUAAAAUCAUGGCUUGAUCAGGGCUGGACUGAGGCGUACUCUUGUCCAACUUGUCGAGCACUAUUAUUUGUUUCUAGUUCUCAAAAUCAGAUGAAAUCCUUUGCUCGGCAAAUCUCAAAUGAUGUGCAUAUUGCUGAAUCAAUUGAAUUGGUUCUGCACCAUCAAAGAAUGUCUGGUUACUCACCGCCUGCUGUAGUGUCCCUCCAACCAUCAACAGAGCCGUCUUGACAGAUCGACUUUGUGCUCCAGCCAUGCUUUUCGCCACAUGAUUGUGUCAUUAAUGUUUGACAAACUCCUCCUUAAGCUCUUCAUUUACAAAAAUAAUAUGUUUAUCUGAUUGAAAUACUUUCAUAUUUUUUUAGUAAUUAAAGCCAUAAUAGUUCUUAUGGUAUCAUUUAUCUUUGACAACCAAACAAGAUUGAUCUCUUUGGAGAGUCUCUGCAGGAUUGAAUUUAGAUUUGUUGAUCCAUUUUAGUAGAUAGUAGAAUAGCUCCUCUAUCUGGAAACAGUUCUUUCAACUUUCAUCAAUGGUUCCUUUCAAUAUAUUACAUGCAUCUCUUUCUUCAUUUCAU